UCUAAAGCUAAUAUUCCUUUCUCUUUUUUUCCUGUUUUGAUUCUGAAAGAUGAGCACCGCUUGUGCUGAGCAACGAAAUAAGUUCACGGUUUUGAAAGAUAUUGAGAUUCCUCCAAGGAAGCUUCUGUUUUCACAUAAUCACGUCCAAGAUAACGCCGCCAUGCAACUUUCUCCCAACGAAGCUGUCCUCCAGAAAUAUCUACUUUCCAACAGGAAUAAUAAUGGUGAAGAUGAAGAGAAUGAUGCUGAUCCCUAUGCGGCUGACCAUUUCCGCAUGUAUGAAUUCAAGGUGAGGAAGUGUACGAGGAGCAGGAGUCACGAUUGGACCGACUGUCCCUUCGCUCAUCCCGGAGAGAAGGCCCGCCGUCGUGACCCUCGUCGCUACCCCUACUCCUCCACCAUCUGCUCCGACUUCCUUCGUGGCGGCAGAUGUCCUCGUGGGGAUGAUUGUGAUUUCGCGCACGGGGUGUUCGAGUGCUGGCUGCACCCUACCCGUUACAGGACCGAAGCAUGUAAGGAUGGCAAGAACUGCAAGCGCAAGGUUUGUUUCUUCGCUCACUCUUCUCGUGAGCUACGUCUCUUGCCUGCCGAGGCAUCUCCGAAGUACAAGAAUUCAGGCUCUUGCAGCUCUUCCCCAUUGAGCAGGAAUACCCAUUGCUGCUUGUUUUGUCACUCUGCUACCUCGUCCCCCACGAGCACUCUGUUGGGUUUGUCUCAUUUAUCAAGAUCACCAUCUUUAUCACCGUCAUUGUCUCCUGUGAAGCAACAGGCAUCUUUAAAUGGGUUUUCACCCAUUUAUAGUUACAGUCAUCACCCGAGUAAGCUCGGAACCGAAACCAUGAGUUACAGUCACGUGCUUAAUGAGCUGAUGAGCUCUAUGGAGAAGAUGAAUUUCUAUGAAGCCUCUUCACCUGUGGCUGUUGGGAACAUUCCCUGGCUUGAUGUUGAUGUUCACCUCAAAGGGGAAGUCCAUAGCCAGACACAGUUUGCUCUAUCUCCUUCCUGGCCAAGUCCAUGUGCCCGGAGAGAACAUUUUGGUGCAACCUCGAAGCCCUUUGGUGGUGAUGACGAGAAGCGCAAUGAAAAUGGCGUGGGCUGUGAUUCUGAUCCCGAUCUUGGGUGGGUGAAUGAGCUGUUGAUGUAGAGAGGAUGACGACGACGAAAACAACAGGAGAGAAUCACAUGUGUUGAUACUGUCAUGGAACAG